AAAACCGCCGGUUAACCCACUUUUUCCGCGUAAAAUCGCUGUAAAAAGGGCGAAAUUCUUCACAUUUCUGUUCUAUUCCACGUCCUGGACCGACAAACUGCACGGUCUAGGUUCCCGUUGGAGUGGAAAGUGCAAGACGCUUGCAAAACUACACCCAGCCGCAGUACGCCAAGUUUCUCGACGAGACGAGGUGGAAAACCACGAAAAAGGGGUUCUAUUUCCUUUUGCAACGCCCCGGAAACCAAUCAACCCACUCACAGUCAACUCGCGGCAGAGAGCGCGCCAGAAGGCAGGCACAGAGGCCGGCACAGAGGCCGGGGAAUCGGCGGCGGAGGCACACGGGCAAAAGGGCAUCGCGAUCCGCGGAAACCGCACCGGCAAGUAGAAAGCCUCAUCUCUUGUUGUUACGGCUAGGCCAAUCGGCCAGCACCUCAAAUCCGGAACAUCCACAUCCGUCCGGUCCGGGAGAGGUGUUUUGCUUAGCUGAAAAUCUAUAAAAAGUUCGUAACCAUGGAUGAUCAAGUGUGUCCCCGUUGUAAAACCACCAAAUACAGAAAUCCAUCACUAAAGUUGAUGGUGAACGUGUGUGGCCACACGCUGUGUGAAAGCUGCGUUGAGCUUCUGUUCCUCAAAGGAUCCGGCUCCUGCCCGGAGUGUGGUGUGGCGCUAAGGCGGAGCAACUUCCGUGUGCAGCUGUUCGAAGACUCGAACGUCGAUAAGGAGGUACAGAUUCGGAAGCGCAUCCUAAAGGACUUCAACAAAAAGGAGGACGACUUUGCCACGGUGGACGAGUACAACGAUUACCUGGAGAUGAUCGAAGAGAUCGUGUUUAACCUCUGCAACAACAUCGACAUCAUAAACACCAACAAGCGCAUCGAACAGUUCAAGCGAGACAACCGGGAAGUGAUUCUGAAAAACAAAACCAAACUUAGCAAGGAUGAGCUGGAGCUGGAGCAGAUCGUCGAGAUCGAAAAGGAGCAGUUCGAUCAGCGGCGAAAGGAACUGGCGAUGAUCGAGGUCGAGAACAGGAAGCAGAAGACAAAGAACAAGGAGGAGCUGAUCGAUUCACUGAUGGCUAGUUACGAGGAUGCGAACGCUAUUGUGGACAAAUUUGCUCAGAAAACGGCCGAGAAGGUGCAACCGCUAUUACCGAAACCGGCGGCACCCGCGAGCCAGGUACCGAAACAUACCCACUUCUCUUCGGGCAUAGCGACCGGGUUCCAGGGACAGCACGGGUUUAUGGCGGUGCCAAAGCCUGAAGAGGGGCCUCUGUAUGCCUACGAGAAGCAGGAAUUCUCUACCGAUGGUCCGACACCACCAACGCUGGAAGAUGUAAUCAACAACGGAUAUAUUAGGCAUAUACGAACUGAGAAUGUGGCCGAGAAAACGGGUGGAUUCCAAACAAACCUGUCCUGCCUGCGAGCCAUUCAGGAAGCGUUGGCUGGGUUGUAUCACGGUUGAGCCAAACUGUACAGCUUUCGUUGCACGUUAAUAAAAUUACUUUUUGUACUUUAAAUUGUAAA